AUGUCGUCUACUGUACUCGAGCAGCUACGCGCCGAGCAAGAGGAGAUCGAGGCUUUGGAGCGCGCUGUUGUGGCCACGUUGGGUGAGAAACCACGUAACCAUCGCAGUCGAGUGCUGCAUGGACAUAAAGUGAGCAAGUUGCUGGACAAGGUGACACAGCAGAGCAAGUAUGUUAAGGAGCUCUACGCAGACGAAGACGGGAUCUUUGCAGAGGAGACGGAAAACAUGCGUGGGCGAGCGGUGUUCACAUCGUUUUAUGAGCAGCUCAAGUCGAUCCGUUCAUUCCACCGCAAGUACCCGAACUCGGUGGUCUCUCAUGAGCUGAACUUGGAGGAGGUUUUCCACCCGAAUGUCCAGUUCUCAGGUGAAGAGCAUUUUGGCAAGUAUGUGGAUCUGAACGAGUUCUACACACGGUUUCUGAACAUUCCUGAGCUGAAGUGGCAAGCAAGAAAGACACAGGAAGCGCUGAGAUUAAGCGCCAAAACUAAAGGAAAGCGACAGUCCGCUGGCACGUCUCUCGAUUACUUGGCGUUCCUUGCGUCUUUUUCAGACUUCUCUGCCAUUCCUGCAGCACAGAAGACUCGAUCGGCGCCAUAUCAGCAGUACCUGAAGGAUUUGAAAGAGUAUUUAUUGGAUUUCUAUCGUCGCACACAACCUCUUGUGGAUCUAGACGACGUAAUUGACGAAACCUCUGCAAAGUUUGAGAAGCGGUGGGCACUUCGCCAAGUUCCUGGAUGGAACUCAAGCGAUAAGAAGGAUAGCGCUGACAAAGUGCCAACACACUUUUGCGCUCUGUGCGAUAGACAGUUCAGCUCUGAGGGUGUGUACAAAAGUCACCAGACAGGAAAGAAGCAUAAAAAGCUUGCUGCUGCUGCUGAAAAGAUGACGGAUGGUGCCCAGGACAAUGGUGUAGUUUCCAGCGGUGCUAAAGCAGUCAGCGACUCUAAAACAGAGCUAGAGGCGAAGCAAAAGACCAUCGCUUUUGACGAAAUAUUGAUCCGUCGAAUGUACGAGCUUCUCACCGAAGUUGUGCAAGGUACAAUCUCGUAUUUGGAACUGAAGCAAACACGCACACACAAAGAGCUGCAAGCCGAAAUCGAAGAGGAGGAGGAAGGAGCGUUCUCAGACGUGGAUGUGGAAAACGAAAAUGAGGAUGAUGACGAAGAAGAGCAGCUCUACAACCCUUUGAACUUGCCGCUGGGUUUUGAUGGAAAACCGAUUCCGUACUGGCUGUACAAGAUGCACGGGCUUGGCGUCGAGUACAAAUGUGAGAUCUGUGGAAACCACAGUUACUGGGGACGACGCGCAUUUGAUCGCCAUUUUCAGGAAUGGCGCCACGCCUUUGGUAUGCGCUGUCUCAAGAUUCCGAACACGAAGCACUUCCACGACAUUACACUCAUGAGAGACGCCAUUCAGCUGUACGAGAAGUUAAAAGACCAGAUUGAUGCCGAGAGCUGGAAUGCAUCCAACGAGGAGGAGUUCGAGGACUCCGAAGGUAACGUGCUCAAUAGAAAGACGUACGAGGAUUUGGCUCGCCAGGGCUUGCUGUAA